AUGUGCCUCUCACAUGAGGUAUCCCUCAAAGCUAAGAAGUCAAAAGGAUCUCCGGCUAACCGUAACCUCCGCCGCUGCAAGAAGACUCCCGUUACCACCGCCACCAAGACAACCUCCAUAGUAGUUUCCUCCAUCAAUAAAUCCUUCUACACAUGCCACCACCGUCUCAUCAAACUCUUCUCCAAACUCGUUCGUAUUGCCACUCCCAAGAGUAAAUCCUCCGUCAAAAAAGGCUACAAAGUUCAAAAAAAGUUCCCUAACUCCACUAACAAUCAGAUCGCCACCGUCUGUCGCUCGCUCUUCCAAGUAUCUACCGUCGCCCUUCCACCACCAAACUCCCCUGAUCAAAAAACGGUGUUCCUUGACCUCGACGAAACCCUAAUCCAUUCCACACCUGCCACUGGAGUAUCACCUUCAGGAACUUAUGAUUUCUUAGUGAGGUCAUUGCUGGAUGGAGAAAGAGUUGAUUUCUAUGUGCUGAAACGCCCAUUUGUUGACGAAUUUCUUCAGUUCCUGAGCACAAAUAACUACAAAAUUGUGGUUUUCACAGUUGGGAUCGAGGAAUAUACUUCGUUGGUUUUGAAUAAGUUGGAUUGCAGGGGUUUGAUUUCACACAGAUUGUAUCGAAAUUCAUGUAAGGAAUUCGAGGGUAGGUUUGUUAAAGAUUUAUCAGAUCUAGUGUGGGAUUUGAAGAACGCUGUGAUUGUUGACGAUAACCUUAAUUCCUACAGUCUUCAACCGGAAAACGCGAUCCCCAUUUGA